GAAGCAUAGACUGGAGCAUUUGUGGGGAAAUAACUUGGAACGUUCACGGCAUCUUCGAGCUCUAUUGAGGACCUUAUCCCCAUCAUUUCCACUCUUUGAUCUUCGCUGUGGUUAUUACUGUGUUUACACGCCACUGUUUAAAAAUCAAGACUGCUUCAUUAAAAUUUCAAUUUGAGAAUUUUGGUGUUCGGGUUUUUCUGGUGCUGAAACCGAGCUAGUUACCAAUGGCGGAUCCUUCGAUCAUCCUGGAGUUGGUAGAGAAGCUUUCAAAUAUUGCAGGAAGAGGUCUGGAGUACAGAAGUACUCGCCAAAUUCUGGAGUCGACCACCAGGGAUUUGGGUCCUUUGGUUGAACAGAUUGGACAAUACGCUCAGGAGAAUGAUCUUCAAACUGAAGAAAUUGAGAAGCUGAAAAAGAUAAUAGAAGCCAACCAGGAGGUUCUUGAAAAGUGCAAAAUCCGUCCGCGGAAUUUCUGGCUUGCCCCAUACUUUCAAAGAAAGCUCGAUGAAAAGUAUCAGUCCCUUCUAAGGUAUUGCUCAGUUCAGAUGCAAACGCAGAUAGCAAGGGAUUUGAAGAGAGCCCUGUCCAAGCUGAGUUCUGAUGAUAAUAGCCCUGGGAACCAAAGCACUUCAUCUCAAGCGUCUAAAAGAAUCAGAACACGGACUUUCAAGGGUAAUGAAAGAUUCCCAGAAUUUACAGUGGGUUUGGAUGGUCCAUUCAUGAAGGAGUUGAAGUCUAAACUGCUUCAUGGGGACGAGCAGGUCUUGAAUUUGCAUGGCCUAGCAGGAUCCGGGAAGACCACUUUGGCUAAAAUACUCUGUCAUGAUCCCCAAGUCAAAGAUAAGUUCAAGGAUAUCUUCUUUGAGACCCUGGGCUCACAAUUUCGAGGCAAUGAAGCGAUCGAUGAACUGCAAGAUCGGCUGCCUGAGUUCGGGGGAAAUCCAGUGUUGUUGGUUCUGGAUGAUGUUUGGCCCGCCUCAAAAAAUGUUGUUGAAGAGUUUAGGGUCCAAAUAUCAGCAGGCUCUAAAAUUUUCGUGACUUCAAGAGUCCCAAUUAUCACACUCGGACGAUACCCCAUGGAACAACUUUCUGAAGAUGAUGCAGUGGCUCUUUUCCUUCACUUUAUUCAACCAAGCGACAUUGAUUUUGAUGACAACGAAAUACGAAAAAUUGUCCUGCAGAUAGUGAAAGGUUGUAAGCGUCUGCCACUUGCUCUUGAAUUCAUUGGUCGCGAACUACAAGAUAAGGGUAUUGAGGAGUUGCAAAAAGUACAGUUAGAAUGGUCACGUGGCCAGUCUAUCCUUGAUUCGAAUUCAGAGUUGCUUGCCCAUCUCCAAAAUUCCCUGAAUCUGCUAGUAGAUGAGUCCAUCAGGGAAUGCUUCAUGGACCUUGGAUUGUUUCCUGAAGAUCAAAAGAUACCUGUUUCUGCUUUGAUUGACAUCUGGACAGAACUUUAUAACCUUGAUGAACUUGGCAUAUGUGCAAUGACCAUCAUCCGCAAAUUGAUGGACCUGAAUCUGGCUGCUGGCAUCAAAGUUAGAAGGAUAGUCAGGAUCAGGAGGGUUGAAGACAAUUACUACAAUAACCACUUCCUCGUGCAGCAUGAUCUUUUCAGAGAGUUGGCCAUACAUAUAAGCAACCAAGAACUAUUUGAGAAUAGGAAAAGACUGAUCAUUGACAUGAAUGGGAAUGAUCAUCCACAAUGGUGGCCUCAGCAGAACCAGCAGGAAGGCAUCACUGCUCACGCCCUGUCCUAUUUUACCAAAUGGUUUAAGGAUCCGAAUCAGAAAUGCGUAUCUGCUCGUAUACUGUCUAUAUCAACAGACCAAGACAUCAAUCCCGAUUGGUGCAACGUUCAAGCAGAUGAUGCUAUUGUUCUGGUUUUGAAUCUGAGAACUACAAAAUACACUUUACCUGAAUUCAUUAAGCAAAUGAGAAAUCUGAGAGUUCUUAUAGUGACAAAUUAUGGCUUCCGUCCCUCUGAGUUAAAAAACCUUGAGCUUCUCGAGUUUCUAAGGAAACUCAAAAGAAUCAGAUUGGAGGGGGUUUCAGUUCCUCCCCUUUGCAGAUUGAAGAACGUGUGCAAGUUAUCGCUUUAUAUGUGUGAAGUGAAAAAGGCUUUUGAAACCAGUUCCAUUGAAUUCUCAAAGGCAAUGCCUGGUCUGGUGGAAUUGAACAUUGAUUACUGCAAAGAUUUGGCGAAGUUGCCAUCUGGGCUCUGUGACACUACCACCCUGAGGAAGCUCAGCAUCAGUCAUUGCAAUGAGUUUAAUGAACUUCCACAAGAAAUUGGGAAGCUUGAGAAGUUGGAAUUACUAAGGAUUAGUUAUUGUCCUGAUAUUAAAGAUAUGCCAGAGUCGAUCACAAAGCUGAAGAAUCUAAGCUUUCUAGACAUCACUUACUGUGGAAGCCUUAGGAAAUUACCAGACAAGAUUGGUGAGCUAAGGAGUCUGAGAAAGUUUUAUAUGCCGAGCUGCGCAAUAAUGGAAUUGCCAGACUCAAUCAAGGAUAUGGACAAUCUCCAGAGUGUGAUAUGCGAUGAGUACACAUAUCCUUUUUGGGAAGUCAUCAAAUAUAUCCACUCUGGACUAAACAUAAAGAUAGCCAAAACCAUGGACACUGUCUUGGAUUGGCUUCUUGAUUUGAGCUCCAGGGGCUUGUUCCAUUAAGUUGCUCAUCUUGUUAUGAAUCAUGUCAAAACAAUGUUGUUCAUCCUUCUCUGUCUCUCUUGUUUUGUCUUCUGACUUUGUAAUGGGACUAAAUCACACUCCUUCAAUUGGACAAAGUAUAAACAUAAGAUCA